AAACGCGACAGAAGCACUUCAACUUCGAGCUCGUCUCUGACAUCGACUCGUCGCGUAUCUUGCAAUGAAACGAAAGGCGGAGGCUGAUGUGGACAAAACAGCUGAUAGCUCGAAAAAGGUCUCGCGGGAUGGUCCAGUCUCAAAGACAUCCAAAGACUCCGAGACUGAAGGCAAACCUACCCCUCCACCAGUGCAAUUCAAACGGCUGGCUACUUACGAAUGUCCACGCUUGAAUGGCGUUCCACGCAAUGCUGCUGCUAUAUUGGACGAGCUAUGUAAAGGCUUCGACGAAGACACUUACCUUUGCGAACUCGAGUCAUGCCCAGUGACAAGCGCCUCCGCCGAGUUCAUGCAAGGCAUGUAUCUGGAUUACUUUGUGGCUGCGCCCGGCACACAUCUUCCCAUAUGCAGGCCAAUUGAUAAAAGAAUAUUGGAGAGAAUAAUGAAAUUCAAAAUGGCUCGUGGUACGUAUCGUCCUACCCUUAUGGGCCUUGUCGCGCAAAACGUCAACGCAGACGUCAAGAAGGUCACCAAGGAGGCAUCAGCACCAUUGUUUGAUGACUUGUCUGAGGAGCAGGUACGGAAGAGUCUCGCACAACUAGGUACGCUGCGAGGUGUCGGUCCCGCAACCGCGUCUCUCAUCCUCUCCAUCGAGCACUCGACCGUCCCGUUCAUGAGUGACGAGGCGGCACGGUUCUUCGGAUGUCUGGGUCCCGUCAAGUACACACUGCCUUAUUAUAUGCGUUUCCGGUCAGCGAUGCUUCAGUUUCUGAUGGAAGCUGAGAGCGAUCUGACCUGCUGUCAAUUGGAGCAACGAAUCUGGCUCAAAAUGAAAAGUGAUGGAGGGCUCUUUCGUUAGAUCAUUUCAUAUUUAUGUGUACAGUCUUGUCGUCUCAGUAGGGAUCGGAGUCUAG